AAAGAGAAUUUGUAUUUAGCCAAUACUAUAGAAGUUCGGUCUACGCAAAGUAAGAUGUCAUUUGUGAAUGCUAAUAAAAAUGAAUUAAAUGUAUCAAAAAAUGAUCUGCUUUAUUACAUAGAUGAUCAUCAUUUUGUAUCUAAAUCUGGAUCCACAACUAAGAAAUAUAAGAUUCUGAAGUUGAAACACAAAACCCGACGUAGUGGCUUGGACCACCUUAUACAAGAAGAAGGCAAUGAUGGUAUAGCGAUAGUGAACCUCGGAGGAGGGCCGAUCCCGGAGUUCCGACUCCCUCGCUCCCGGAGACAGUACAUGCCGGAUCAUGGUGAAGAAGAUGAUGAUGAUGAAAUACUGCCACCAGAUGGCGAUACUGUUGUGAAUAAUCCAUAUGUAGUUGAUGAUGAUAUUAAAUAA